AUGCCAUCACAAAAUAUAUUUCCCCAAUCCAGAAGCCGUUUGUCGAAUAGAAGUGAACCGCUGAUACGAGUUCGAUCACGACGUUGCCUGCCUUCGUUUGAGCCACCACCGAUUCGUCCGAACAGUGCCUAUUUGAGUGUUCCAUCGAAAAUUGCCUCGCUUAGAUGCUAUCAACCACCACCAGUUGUGAAGCAUAAACCUGAAAUCUCAGCCGACACCUCAGGGAAAUCCCGAAUCGAUCAACUAUUCCCAGAUUCAGAAGCAACACUGCAUAGUAAUCUGCCUGAGACGCUGUUCCCAACAUUGCUGAAUGAGCAAAAACACUCGAACAAUCAUAAAAAGAAAUCGAAGAGUGCAGAAUCUUCAAAAAUGCAUAUCAACGCGUUCAAGGAUGCUGUGCUCAGUGAGGUGAUCCUUAGGGGUGUCUACACGGACAGGUCGGUUAUUUUAACGAAACUGCCGUUUUUUUCAGUUUCAACGUACCAAAAAUAA